CUUUUAGGCCUCUGCAGGUGUGAUACACCCUGAAAAUUGUGUCCAACCCACUUACUGUGGUACUACUCUCGGCUGGAGAAAGAAUAUUCUUGGUACAGCCAGGCAUCCAAAGAUACGGGACAACGUCAGGAAACCAGGUUAAGAUGGCGAAGAGGAACGGUCAGCGUUGCUCUGGGACAACAAGGCGGAGGCGGUGGUGGGGUCUGAGGAGGCGCUGGAGAAUGUUAGGCCUGUUUGAAAUCAACCAGGAACAUGAGUUCUACAGCUUCACCUGUCUUAUGAAAGCGGGGCUGCAUGCUGCCCUGCAGACCAGCAUCGACACACCAGGACCUGAUGAACUUUCUGCUGAACAUUACACAUCGGAGCAGACUCAAGUCCACAAGGACUAUGAGAUGCAGACAUUUGCAGGACUGGUGUUUUCCAGCUUGCGGCACUCCCUGGACAUAAAUGAGGAGGAGUACAAGAGAUCCCUCUCUUCAGACUGCUGCUAUCUACAGUUCAUGAGCAACUCCAAGAGCAAGGCUGACUUCUUCCUCACGAAUGACAAGAGGUUCUUCCUAAAGACACAGAAUAAGCGGGAGGUGAAGUUUCUUCUUUCCAACCUGAUGGCAUAUAUGGAUCACUUGGAGAAAUACCCCCACUCGUUGUUGGUCAGGUUCCUGGGUCUCCAUAGUAUCCAAGUACCAAAUGAAACAAAGAAGUAUUUCAUUGUGAUGCAGAGUGUGUUUUACCCGGACGAGAGGAUUGAUACAAGAUAUGACAUUAAGGGCUGUGAGGUGGGUAGGUGGACUGACCCUGCAUCUACUGGAAGCCCAGUUAAGAUUCUGAAGGAUAACAACUUUGAAGGAAAGCACAUCAUUCUGGAUCAGAAGAGCUCCUGGCUUGUGGAUCAGGUUGAAAUAGACACAGCUUUCCUCCGUAGCCUCAAUGUGCUUGACUACAGCAUCCUGCUGGCCCAUCAACCCUUGCACAAAGAUGAGCUGGAUGGGAAGCACUCCUUUAGUAACCUUAUUGUGCGCACUGAAAAGUCCAUGGCCCAAGACAGUCCCACAGAGGAAGAUCACCCCACUAUUCCAUUGUUGGGGGGAGACUCUUCUCGACUGGCAUCAGAUACAAUAGACAGUGGGUCAGACCAUGUCCAGGACACAGGGGAGCACUCUGGCCAUUCAAUCCACUGCCAGGAGAUAAACCUGCCCUCUGUAAACAGUACAGAUGCAGAACUCCAGGAGUUCCAUGCUCAUCACCGUAGGCUGCUGCCUAAUUUCAAGAACUCAGUGCAUGUCAUAGAUGGGCCAGAGAUGCGCUACUUUGUGGGUAUUGUAGACAUUUUUACUGUGUACGGUUUGAAGAAAAGGCUGGAGAACCUGUGGAAGAGUCUGCGCUUCCCUGGUAGAGCCUUCUCCACUGUCAGCCCAGCUACCUACUCCCAGAGGUUAUGCCGGUGGGUAAAGGACCACACCAAGUAAAACAGGCACACUGUGUCUCUAGAACUGCAUCUAGCCAUCUCAAAGCCAAUUGAAAGACACAGAGGAGACUGAUUAUUCAAUUGAUAAUCUGGGCAUUUUUUUCAGUUUUUGUAGGUAACAGUAUGAACAAUAGGUGGCACCACAGUUUAUGUUGUAGUGGUGGUAGUCUAUUUCAAAAUACAGAUGCAAAACACACAAUUUAAUUGAGCAAUAAGGCAUGAGGUGGUGUGUAUAUGACCAAUAUACCACGGCUCAACGCGGAGUGCCUGGAUACAGCUCUUA